AUGAAACUCGCGAAGAUCAUCCCCGGCAAGCUGUUCAGGCCCAAAAAAUCCCGAUCCGUCUCCAGAUCCGAAGCCGAUACGCCGUCGUUCAGCUCCCAGGCGACGUCCUCCUCGGCCUCUUCCGAGGAUGUUUACAAAAAGCAGGGCGGUGGCGGCCUGGCCACGCCGACCAGCGUCCUCCCCUCCGGCUCCGCCGAGAUCUCCGCCGACGAGUGGUCCGAGAUCUCCGCCGAUGUGUACCUCGAGCUCAAGCAGGCGUUCGAGAUGAUCGACGCGGAUGGCGACGGGAAGAUCCGGAAGGAGGAGCUGGAGGCGCUGCUGUGCGGGUUGGGGGCAGAGCCGCCGAGCAGGGAGGAGCUCCGGCUGAUGCUCGCGGAGGUCGACCGCGACGGCGACGGGUGCAUCACGCUGGAGGAGUUCCACGCGAUCGGGUCGGCUUUCGCGCCGCCGGCGUGUGACUCGGAGCUGCGGGACACGUUCGACUUCUUCGACUCGGAUCGGGACGGGCGGAUCACGGCGGAGGAGCUGUUCAAUGUGUUUCGGACGAUCGGGGACUCGCGGUGCACGUUAGACGACUGCCGGCGCAUGAUAAGGGGGGUGGACAGGAACGGGGACGGGUUUGUCUGCUUCGAGGACUUCAGCCUCAUGAUGGACCGUCAGCCGCAGAGAUGA